UGAGCAUCCGGGGGGCACAGGAGGAGGAGCCCACGGACCCCCAGCUGAUGAGGUUAGACAACAUGCUGCUGGCAGAGGGGGUGGCGGGCCCCGAAAAAGGAGGGGGCUCGGCCGCCGCCGCCGCCGCCGCCGCCGCGUCCGGAGGAGCCGGCUCCGACAACUCGGUGGAGCACUCUGACUACAGAGCCAAACUCUCCCAGAUCCGACAGAUCUACCACACGGAGCUGGAGAAGUACGAGCAGGCGUGCAACGAGUUCACCACCCACGUGAUGAACCUGCUGCGCGAGCAGAGCCGGACCCGGCCCAUCUCCCCCAAGGAGAUCGAGCGGAUGGUGAGCAUCAUCCACCGCAAGUUCAGCUCCAUCCAGAUGCAGCUGAAGCAGAGCACGUGCGAAGCCGUCAUGAUCCUGCGCUCGCGGUUCCUGGACGCACGGCGGAAGAGACGAAACUUCAACAAGCAAGCCACGGAAAUCCUGAAUGAGUAUUUCUAUUCCCAUCUCAGCAACCCUUAUCCCAGUGAGGAAGCCAAAGAAGAGCUAGCCAAGAAAUGUGGCAUCACAGUCUCACAGGUAUCAAACUGGUUUGGAAAUAAGAGAAUCCGGUACAAGAAGAACAUAGGUAAAUUUCAAGAGGAAGCCAAUAUUUAUGCUGCCAAAACGGCUGUCACGGCUACCAAUGUGUCAGCCCAUGGAAGCCAGGCUAACUCACCCUCAACUCCCAAUUCAGCUGGUUCUUCCAGUUCUUUUAACAUGUCAAACUCUGGAGAUUUGUUCAUGAGCGUGCAGUCUCUCAAUGGGGAUUCUUACCAAGGGGCCCAGGUUGGAGCCAACGUGCAGUCACAGGUGGAUACCCUUCGCCAUGUUAUCAGCCAGACAGGAGGAUACAGUGACGGACUCGCGGCAAGUCAGAUGUAUAGUCCGCAGGGCAUCAGUGCUAAUGGAGGUUGGCAAGACGCUACUACCCCAUCGUCGGUGACCUCCCCCACAGAAGGCCCUGGCAGCGUUCACUCUGAUACCUCCAACUGAUCUCCCAGCAAAUUGCAUCCCUGGCUGAGCCGGCCCCGGCGGGGGCAGGAGGGGAGGGGGCCUCUCCUAACACCGCAGCAGUCAGACUGGAGGUGAACCCAAUCAGCACACACAAGAAGACUCCUUCUCUUCUCUUCUCUUCGUCGGGAUGCUUUUUUCAGCCAAUCUGGACACUUCUUUAUACUCUCUUCCCUUUCUUUUCUGGGUAGAAGCCGCUCUCCCCCUCCCCGCCACCGCCACAACACCGCUCCCUUCCCCUCCCCGCUUCCCACCCAAGGUAGAAGGAUUUUAAGGAGGAAAAGCAAAAAUCCACCACCACCACCACCCAAACCGACCCCAGAGCAGUGUACAGCCUCAUGCUGGGUGUCUUUCUGAGGAGCCACAGGUGUACCUCAGUCACAUCUCGCUCCCUCGCUAGCAGGCAGCCCCCUGCUCCCCUUCCUUUCACGCUACCUCUCCGUAGGGAAUUGCCACCGUCGGGAAUCUGCUCCCGCCUCAUCUCAGCAGCCUCCCGCACUCAGCCCUGCCCCGCUGAGCUGUCCCCAGGCUGCUGCAGGGACAGGGCAGGUGGCCCAGCCCCCGUGCACGUAGAAGGAGCCAGCGUGCUCCCCCUCGCUUCCAAAAGGUACCGUUCCCAUUCCCAGCCCCGGGGAAACUUGCCAGUCCCAGCCCUGCUCGGCCAAGCAUCCCUCCCACUCUGGCUGCUGUGAUCUGGACAAGCCAUGAGACCCUGCUGUCCUGCCUGCCUGCUGCUGGAGGGGAGAAGAGGAGGGAAGGAAGGGAGGCAGAGGCAGGUGGGGAGCGCUGCCAUGGCUGAUUGCAGAGGUGCUGACACCUCCAGGGAGCUGUGUGGGAUCAGGCAUGGAUGGCUGAACAGCAGCAGUUCUCUCACAGCACCUGGAGAGGCUGGUGGUGGAGUUCUCCUGCUGAGGGCAGUGUCACGGGGCCUUGGCUCCUGUUCCCAGCAGGAGCUGGGUUCCCCAGUUCACGCAGGACCCACAGAGGUUUGUGCAUUGCCAAAGCCCUGCCAAGCCAGCAGUCAGGGAUGGGCAGCAGAAUGCCAGGGGCUGGAAGUGCUGGGGUGAGUGUCCCAGGUGCUUCUGGUAGCUCUUGAGGCCCCAGAUUUGCUCUGCUGCCCCACUGGGGGAUGGCUGUGUACUGAAGCUGCUGGUUUUCCCCCAGGAGUUUCCUGAGCAGUGGCCAUGGAAGAACUCAUGGGACUUUCUGCCCAGCUUUUCUGGCCCACUGUUGGGACAAGCAGUGGUGGCUGGCAAGCGAGGCUUCAUCCUGCCCCUUCAGGCUGAUGCUGGGAGGACGUGGCUUUCAUGGAAGAGCAGGAAGAGGCAGCACCAGCUGUCCUGGGCAGCGGGCUGAGCUUCGUGCCAGGGUGGGACUCGUGGCCAUGGGUUCUUUCAGUGGGCACGAGGAGGCUGAGCCAGCCUGCAUCGAGACCCUGGGUGUGGUGGGGACUGGUGUGGGUGCAGGAUGUCUGGCACCUCGUGGUGGAUCCCAGGAUCCCUUGGGAUCAAUACCUCACGCUGUUGAAUGUCCGUGCCCACCCUGCUUGUGCUGGUCUCCAGGUGGGAACCGCCAGCGCCGAGCAGCAUUAAGCAGAAACCGUUUUAAAUCAGAGCUCUGCCAAAAAAUAUCUCCACCUUUCUGCUGGAGAAAACACCAUUCCUUGUCCUGCAGGGCACAGUGGUGGUGUGGCCCCAGCUCCAGCACGGUGUCACCUCGUGGCGCAGGGCCAUCGUGUCCUGUCCUGCUCCUUCCAUCCGUGCCAGGAGUGGGGACCCCGUGGCACAGCAGGAUGUGACAUCAGGGGCUCAGAGCUGUUCCCCAGCUGAGUGUUAAGGGCAUGGAGAAGGUUCUUCUCCUGCAAGGAUGGUCAGGAGGUGCUGCCCUCCUUCCCACAUCCUCCUCCUCCUCCUCCUCUUCCCCUGGCCUCCCUCAGCGCUGCCUUUUGUCCGCUUCCAGCUUCUUUUCCAUGAACCUGCUCUGGCAAAGCGUUGCAGGGACACAGGACUGGGUCAGGCCUCUUCUCCCGAGUGAGCUUCCUGCAGGAAUGCCACCAUCCCUCUUGGAACCAGCUGGGAAUGAGCUGGGAGAGCUGCUGGAGCCAGCCCACGCUGGGGCUGCCCUCUCCUGCCCCGCUGCUCCUCCACGGUACUUUGCAAAUCCCCUCCUGGGUUCCCCACUUGGUCCCUCCAGUUUGUGUUGGCGUAGCUGCUUGCUUGCCUUUUUCUUUGCUGUUUUAUUUUGUUUUUAAAAAAAUUUUAUUUUAAUUUUUGGGUUUUGUUUCUCCUCCCCAUU